AUGUUGUCUUUGCUGGCUCACCAUCACCAUUUCAGUAGCAAGCUUGCUCAGUGGCUAGCCAAUAUUCCAGUCGCUGCUGCCACCACCGCGGCCGACGUUGACGAGAACGUCUCCGAGGAGAACCGACGUUGUCAACUGCGGGACACGGUUCAAACGACGGCCCUGGCUGUCCUCGGUCACGCACGACGCCAACACCAGGACUGGUUCGAUAACAACGGCGUCACCAUCAGCAACUCGCUUUCCAAGCGGAAUCGCCUGUAA